AUGUUUAGUACAUUAUUAUCACGUCCGAAGAAUUCAGAAUACGAUCCAUCAUAUCAUUUUAUACUAUCACGAAAUAUUCAAUUCAAUGUACGAUCGACUUCUGAUGCUUCAGUUUCCAAAUAUGAUAAAACCAUACCAUUAAAGAAACGAUAUCCUGAUUUGGUACAUAAUUUCCCAAAACCUGAACCUAAUGAAGAACUAAUAAAUGAAACCAAGGAAAUAUUUGAUAAAUUAUUGAAUUCAACAGAUGAACAAACCAUGGAAUCAGAUACGAAUUAUAUUAAUUAUUCUAAUGAAGAAGGUGAAAAAAUCAUUCAAGUAAAGACAUUUCAAGUUGAUCCAAUGUUACCUCCAUCACAUAAACUUCGUAAGAAUCGACAUGAAAGAAUAGUUGAUAAAGAUUUAACUAUUGUUAAAGAUACAAAUAAUACUAGAAUAACUAAAGAAGAUAGACAAUAUUGGAAUAUACCUGCAGCUGUAUCAAAUUGGAAGAAUUCUCAAGGUUUCACAAUUGGUUUAGAUAAAAGAAUGAUUGGAAGGGAGAAAAUUGAUGCUGAUAUGAAUAUUGAAAAAUUUGGUGAAUUAUCAGAAGCUCUUAAUGUUGCUGAUAAACAAGCUAGAGAAGAUAUUAAACAAAGAAAUGAAUUACGUCAACAAGAACAAUUAAAUGAAAAGAGAUUAAGAGAUGAAAAAAUUAAACUGUUUGCUAAUCGUAAUAAUAAUAAGCGAAGAAAAUAUUAA